AAUGGCCCCUCGUGCGCAUUCCAAGACCUCGCGUGUCCCUCGCCGACCCUUCGAGUCUGCUCGUCUGGACGCGGAGCUGAAGCUCGUUGGUGAAUAUGGCCUGCGCAACAAGCGUGAGGUCUGGCGAGUCGGUUUGACUCUGUCCAAGAUCCGUCGUGCUGCCCGUCAGCUUCUUACCCUCGACGAGAAGGACCCCAAGCGACUUUUCGAAGGCAACGCCCUGAUUCGCCGUCUCGUCCGUGUCGGUGUCCUCGACGAGUCUCGCAUGAAGCUCGAUUACGUGCUGGCGUUGAAGAUUGAGGAUUUCUUGGAGCGCCGCCUGCAGACCUGCGUCUACAAGCUCGGCCUGGCCAAGUCUAUCCACCACGCCCGUGUCCUGAUCCGCCAGCGCCACAUCCGCGUCGGCAAGCAGAUCGUCAAUGUCCCCUCCUUCAUUGUCCGACUCGACUCCCAGAAGCACAUUGACUUCGCCCUGACCUCACCAUUCGGCAACGGCCGUCCUGGUCGUGUCCGCAGAAAGAAGGCCAAGGCCGCCGAGAAGGGCGAGGAUGGUGAGGAGGAGGAGGAUGACGAGUAAAUGCGCACCGUAUAUAUG